AUGUCGAAAUGUAAAGUUUAUGUAAUAGGAUUUGACGUGAUGACAAACGGUGAAAAUUUGAUGCUUGGAAUAAUAAUGCUGCUUGCUCAAGCCAUUACUUUACCAGUUGAAAAUCCUGCGUUCAAGUCCUUCAAGUUGGAUCGAUUACUCUGGAACAAUACAUUUAAUUCGAUUUAUUCUAAGGAAUAG